CUGGAAUUGGGUUUGGGGCGGGUUCUGCUCCCCAAGCCAUCUCCUCCGCAGGCAGGCAGGCAGGGGCUGUCCUCGGCUCUGAGCUCGCCUUUCCCGAGGCUCCAGGCGGUGCUCUGUGCUGGCCUGCUGCCCCGGGGAUCCGCGGCCAGAGGCGGGUGUCGAGCUCCGCGAACAAGACCUCGGAAGGUCAGGACAGCUGCAGGGGAGGUGUGCGGGCCAGCCCACGGUGAGCAGAGCCAGGAGGAAUCCGGACUCGCCAGGCCUGGAGAUGGCGGGGAACUGUUCCUGGGAGGCCCAUCCUGGCAGCCGGAGCAAGAUGUGUCCCGACGUGAGUGAGGCCCCCGAGCUCUACAGCCGUGGCUUCCUGACCAUUGAGCAGAUCACCAUGCUGCCUCCGCCCGCCGUCAUGAACUACAUCUUCCUACUCCUCUGUCUGUGCGGCCUCGUGGGCAACGGGCUGGUCCUCUGGUUUUUCGGCUUCUCCAUCAAGAGGAACCCCUUCUCUGUCUACUUCCUGCACCUGGCCGGCGCCGACAUCGGCUACCUCUUCAGCAAGGCUGUGUUCUCCAUCCUGAACACGGGCAGCUUCCUGGGCACGUUCGCUGACUAUGUCCGCGCCGUGUGCAGGAUCGUGGGACUCUGCACGUUUGUGUCCGGCGUGAGCCUCCUGCCCGCCGUCAGCUUGGAGCGCUGCCUGUCGGUCAUCUUCCCCGUCUGGUACUGGCGCCGUCGGCCCAAGCGCCUGUCGGCCGUGGUGUGUGCCCUGCUCUGGACCCUGUCGCUCCUGGUCACCAGCAUCCACAACUACUUCUGUGUGUUCCUGGCCCACCGGGCCUCCGGCGGGGCCUGCAGGCCCAUGGACGCCUUCCUGGGCAUCCUGCUUUUCCUUAUCUUCUGCCCACUCAUGGUGCUGCCCUGCUUGGUGCUCAUCCUGCACGUGGAAUGCCGGGCCCGGCGGCGCCAGCGCUCUGCCAAGCUCAACCACGUCAUCCUGGCCAUGGUCUCCGUUUUCCUCGUGUCCUCCAUCUACUUAGGGAUCGACUGGUUCCUCUUUUGGGUCUUCCAGAUCCCAGCCCCCUUCCCUGAGUACGUCACCGACCUAUGCAUCUGCAUUCACAGCAGCGCCAAGCCCGUCGUCUACUUCCUGGCCGGAAGGGACAAGUCACAGCGGCUGUGGGAGCCUCUCAGGGUGGUCUUCCAGCGGGCCCUGCGAGACGGCGCCGAGCUGGGGGAGGCCGGGGGUGGCACGCCCAACACGGCCACCAUGGAGAUGCAGUGCCCCUCUGGGAACGCCGCCUGAGAGGCCAGCACCUGGAGGGUGGCAGGGGCUGUGGCCUCCAGAGACCCUCUGCUGCAGGACAGGAGCUGGGCAGCUGCCCUGGCGCCCAAGUGCAAGGAGGAAAGUCUGCUUCCCGCCCCUCACGCCUCCUUCUCCGUGGGCUGGAGGCUCUAGGGGUGGCCGGCCGGGAGCCGGAGCAGCCACCUGCACACAGGCCCCCUGGCCCGGCCAGGCUCCCCCAGCCAUUCUCCUCCGUGGCCAGAGGUCCAUGGUUCGGAAGUGGCCCCAGGGGGUGGGGCUCCUCCUCCUCCCAGGCUGGUCAAAAGGAGAGGAGGGAGGGAUCACCCAUCCCCGUCCACCUCCUGCCCCUUUCAAUCAGCCCUCCUUAAAAAUGACGCAGCCCGCACCACCGCCCCUUGGGGCAGCCGCUUCACCCCCGUCAGGGUCCCUGUUCUCUCCGUUCCACCCCCCGAGGCAGUAUUGGCGAGCCAACCUGAACACACGGUGCUAUCUGGAAGAGCGUUCUGGCGAACCUGCCUUGCUGUUCCGUCUUUCUGCACCCGACGUCCCUGCCCAAAUCCUUUGGUAAUUUUAACGGGGGAGUUUACGGUCAUGGCAAGCAGCUGGACAGGAAGGGGCCUCGGCCAGCCGGGGCAGGUCACUCUCUCCCUCUGACUCCAUGCCGGCCAGACCCUGGGCAGCCUCCCAGAGCGCAGAGCGGGUUCGCGCUGCUGUGCGCCUGGUCCUCGAAACCUGGCCGACUGUCCAGGAGUCUCUGGGCUCCAGCCCCCACCCGAGAGUGGGCACUGGCUCUACCUGGCUGCCCCAGCCCACCUCCGAGCACAGCGGCCCCGUGUAGCCAAUGCGAAUUUUAUGAAAGACAAUAAAUGUGUAUCAAUAAACGUUUUAUAUCGUGCACUGA